AUGAAGGACCGAAUGUGGACAGCAGCUGACGUCUUCAAUUUUCUGGACAUCAAUGCCAGCGGAUUGAUAAGCACGUGUGAGUUCAUCGAAGGGGUGAAGCUCAUGAGAUUGAAGAACCUGCCCAGCGACGAGGAGCUCUCCAGGUUGCUGCCGCUCCUCAUGUCGGAGAAGGGGCUCUUGACUUCUCGAGAGCUGCACCAGGCUCUGGCGGUCAUCGCCAAGCAAAAGCACAAGCUGGACUUGGCUGCGAACUUCUUCCUCAAGUCCGAAAAGGACAUGUCCAUGGCGGAGUGGAAUGCCAGCCACUUCUUCCGAGAUCUGGUGAAGGUGAUGGAGAAGAAUUCCUGGUCGCCGGAGCGCCUCUUCACUGAGCUUGGGGGUGGCAAGGAGGCCAUUACAAAGCAAGAGCUUGAGGAGAAGGCCCGGGUCUUGCUUCGAGUGCACUGCGGCCGGAGCCCUGCCUUGGAAGUCACCCAGCCCUUCGACAUCCUCGAUGUGAACGGGGACUGGUCAUGCUUCCCUUGCUAG